GUGAGUGUGUGUGAGUGUGUGUGAGUGUGUGUCUGAGUGUGUGUGUGUGUGUGUGUGUGUGUGAGUAUAUGUGUGUGCGUGUACUGCACACCUCAUUUUUGGACUCUUGCUCCCUGAGUGAGUGGCUCUGGCUCUCGCUCUGCAUCUCUGACAAUCGGUCUCUCUCUCUGGCUCUCUGUCUUCCUGUGUCUCCCUCUCCCUCUGGGUCUGAGACUCUUGGUUGAUCGCGCGCUCAGUCCCUGCCUGUCUCUCUCUGUCCCUCUCUGUGUCUCUGUAUGUAGUGCGUGUGCGUCCCUUUCUCAUUCUCUUCCUGCCUGUUUAUCUUCUUCUCUGUCUCUCUCUCCGCGAUUCUGCCUCUGAGUUUGUGUGCGUGUUUUGGUGUUAGUGUGCAUUUGUGUUCUUUAGCGUGUACUUCUCCACGUCUUCCUACUGUCGCUGCCUGUGUGUGUGUCCGUGUGUGCACUUCCAUUUCAUUCUUCCUCCCUGCCCCUCUGCGUAUCUUACUCUCUGUGUGACUUGUGUUUACACGUGUGUGCUUAGCGUGUGUGUCCAUAGCUUUCUGUUCUCUCUCUCUCUCUCUCUCUCUCUCUCUCUCUCUCUCUCUCUCUCUCUCUCUCUCUCUCUCUCUCUCUCUCUCUCGUGCAUGAGUCUCUCUGUUCACACCAGAGCCUGUCCGGCAGGGCAGCGGAUGUGUGAGGGAUGAUUCAGUGGCUGACAGGAAGCCUGCCGCCUUGCUUGCUGCCCACAAGUAUCUGUGGUGUUGGCGUCAGCUCCUGCAGGUGUGUGGGCUCAAGAUGAGGUGGCCGCAGUGAAGAGCCCUCAACUCUCAGCGUUGCAGGAAAGGUGCACCGGAGCCGACAUGAGUGCGGAGACGGAGCUGCUGUGGCCCGGGGUGGCCCUCCUGCUGCUGCUGGGGGCGGUGGCCAGCCUGUGUGUUCGCUGCUCCCGCUCAGGUGCGAAGCGACCGGAGAAAAUUUAUGAGCAGAGGAACCUGCAAGAGAAUCAACAGAGCUUUGCAGUGACCGGGACCUAUUCCUUGGCCAGGCCCCUGAUGGACACAGCCUCUGACUUGGCACCAACAAGGAAGGAUAAGCUGCUGCAGUUCUCCCCCAGCCUCGAGGAUUCUGCAUCACCAAGGUACCUGAACUUCAGCAAAGGAAGCAGACACGGAUCAGAUGCAUCCUACAUAGACCCCAUCAUGGAGUAUUUCAACUGGGAGCGGUCCCAGAAGCAGCAGGAAGGUGAGGCAGAGAGGAAGGAGGGGCAUAGGGAGGAGACGCAUGGUGGGAUCGAGGCAUUUGGGAGGACUUGGAGGAGGAGCCUGAGCCUUGGUUUGGAUCGAUUGGGGAGUGAGGGGCAGAUGAGGGAGCUGGCACCUCGGGCAGGAGCCCAGGUGCAGAGGAGAGAAGAGAUGUGUGGGAGUCAGGGGUGGGCCACAGGGGCAAGCAAGAGAGGGAUUGCUGGGUCCCUCGUCAUCCAGGUCCCAUCCCGGGCUGGGCACAUAUGGGGCCUCAGAGGAAGGCCCAGGAUGGGGCAGACUGGCUGACGGAUGCUGCAACUCUAGGCCCUCAACACCCUUGCUUUACAGAAAGAGAAACUGAGGACCGAGGGCAGGCAGUGCUCCUGCCCGGGCCAUGCUGGGGUGGGGAGUGAGGCACCACUGGGCAGGGAGUGGGUCCUCUUCAUCCCCCUGCAGCUUCCAAAUUGGGGUGGGGCCUCGUUUCUCAGAGCCCUUCUGAUGUAAAUGGAUGGUGGGUGAGUUGUUAGAGCUCAGCUUCCAGUUGGGGGGGCAGGGGGCAGGCUCUGUAUGCCACACGCAGCCUAAGCCCCUGGACAAAGACCCCACUGAAGGGUCUGCUUCCAGGUAAGCUUCGACCUGGCUGCUGUCUCUCCUGGGCCCCCAGUGGCUCUCACUGCCUGAUAGAGAUGGGCCUCCCUCCAUCCAAAUAUCCAUCCUGGGCCUGAAUGCAGCCCAUCCCCUGACCUCCCCUCCCCAGUGCAUUCAGGGGUAAACUUGGAGAACAGAGAAGGAGCUCAGAGUGGCAGCUGCUGAGCCAGACCAGUGCGCAUUAAGAAGCUUGUCCAAGAAAAUGUUCGAGGCCCUGGGGGACCCAGAAGACGGGGGGCUUAGCAGGACAGGUCAUCUGCCACAGGAGGGGGGGGGGGCAAAAGGAGAGAGGAAAAGCCAGGCUUGAUGGACAGGGCCCACUAUAAUGAAGUCCUCUCCCCUCUCCCCUCUCCCCUCUCCUCUCUCCUCUGU